AUGAACGCUGCACGUCAACUCACUUCUCGCCGCCUCGUCACGGCCUUGGGCCCAAGGCUGAGCACCCCUGCUGCUCGAUACUCCUCGACGGUCACGGGACACCAGAUGACGCCCAAAGACCGAUCAAUGAUGCACAGUGUCUUCGGUGCGGCCACCGUAGCCACCAUUGGAGGCGUCACCUACGCUGCUGCACGAUCAGGCUCCAGAGUAAACCGCCGUUUCAGCCAGAGAGACUCUAGUCUUGACAGCUCCAAGUGGUUCACGGAAGGUGCCGAUGUCAACAACCUCCUUGCAAAGAAGCACUAG